AUAAAGUACCCUUACAUUUUGCAUAAUUGCGUCUCGAAUUUCGAACAAUUAGAAGGCGUUUCUUACCUGCAACAACAAACAUUGCGAUUCUGGCAAAAAUUCUAUAAAAGAACGCUUUGUGAAGCGCUAGAAAAUAGUAAGUGACUUGAAAGAUCUGAGUUUCGUAAAAUGAUUCCAGUAAGGGAACAAAAUAUCGGUAAUGACGAGCGCUGUGCCAACCCGAACGGCUGCAUAUCGAACGAAAGUCGUUGCGAUCUAUUCCGAUAUAUGCGUUGGCUUUUGUAUAUAACUGCGAUACGUCCAACACCGUUCGAAGAAUUUCUGCCACAACGCUUUCAUCGUUACAGUGUGCUACUUAAUUGGAUUCUGGACAUAUUUCUCGAUUUUAUGGUGCUUCAUAUGUUAGUGCUCUUCCUCUGUACCAUUUACUUCAAUUAUGACAAUGGAGAUUUGGAAUUUCUAAUUAAUGUGGGCAUUCAAACGGCUUUGUACUUGUGGGCUACUAUCAUAAAACUGAUUUUUCGAUAUGUGUACCCCGAUCUUACCAAUGGAAUUUUGGAUUACGUAAAUAAAGAAUAUAUAGUUCAUUCGGCUGUCGAAUUACGAGAUAAAGAACGGAUGCCAAAUGAGGAGAUCAAUGAGUAUUAUGUUACGGACGAAUUACCUUUCGAUUUGGAUUGCUUACCUCACAUACCAAAUCCAGCUGAAACAUCAAGACCUCGUAGCUUUCGAGAAGCCUUUAACUACGCUCUAAAGCCAUGUGUCGAGCAUCACAUUUUCAUAUUGAAUGUUUUGCGUAAAUUGCAGAGAUUAUUUAAUUUUAUUUGGUUGGUGAAGACGGUUUUGAUCACACUCUUUUUUUGCAUGGCCGCCUUUAAUAUAGUCAAGUUAUCGGAGGGCGAAACUUUUCUGAAAGUAUUUUCGAUAGGCCAUUACCUGUUUUUAGGGCUGUGUGAUUUAUUUAUGACUUGCUAUGCCAGCGAGAUAAUCCAUAUAUGUAGUCAAAGCUGCGAUGAGGCUCUAUUACGUAGCCCCUGGUACUUGCACCUAUGUGAGGUACGGACCGAUUAUCUUAUUUUUUUGACGAAUUCUCAACAAGCUUUCGAAUUCACGGCUGGCAAUAUUUAUCCGUUACGAUUGGAAAAGUUUCGUGCGGUAAGCAGUUUAUUCUACAUAAUAUUUUAA